AGUACCGCCAUGGUUUAAACCUUUGUAUCGAAAAGGUGUCCGCGCAACACACACAGUGACGCUUAAAAAAAAAAAAAAAAAAACGGGCUCGCUCAAACUCAAUCACACUUCCUUCACUACAUUUUUGUGACGUCAAUUGACCAAACACGAUUCACAAUAUGCUGGCUCGCUUCUUUUCAAAGUUGUGAUUUUAUUACCAAGACUCUGAAAUGCUCCGCUGCCGUCUCGGGACCGUCGUCAACAAAGGCAUUUAAACGAUGGUGUGGUUCGGGUGGCCGCCGAUUCGCCAUUCCAAACCGCUUUGGAUCCCGCUGACACUAUGGCUGCUGUGUUCAGGCAUGGUUGUGUCAGGCUCAGCCCCCCUGUCUGCAGACUGUAAGUCUCAUGAAUAUGAGCAUAACGGAUACUGCUGCAACAAGUGCCUCCCUGGAUUCAAGAGGUCCAGCCACUGCCCCGGUCCGAACAUGACCACGUCCUGCGUGCCGUGUGCCGAAAAAACCUUCCUCGCGAUCAGCAACUACAACAAAAACUGCUUCCGCUGUAGGAAUUGCGAAAAACUGCUGAAUCAGGUGGAGUUGUCUCCCUGCGAACGUGACAAGGACCGUGUGUGCGGCUGCCCUGAGAAGCAUUACAAAGUGGUGCAACAGAUGGAUUCAUUCAAUUGUGUGCAGUGCCAGAACUGCAGCAGAGGAUCGGUCAUUGACCAGCCCUGUUCAGAAAACAGUAACACUAUUUGUAAGUGUUCAGAAACCUACUUCAUAGAUGGAAAGGGAGACUGUCGCCCGUGUUCAGAGUGUGAUGGGGGGUAUAACUGCACUAUGCAUUGUCCCAAACCACCAGGAACUUCGUCUGACCCUAAACCCUGGAUGAUCAUCUCUAUUGUGAUGAGCUGCCUGUUGGCCGGUUGCUUUGUUUAUGAAGCUGCAAAAAACAGCAAGAACAUUUUACAACGGUGCAAACAACCAUACGCCAGUGUAAAUAUGGAGCAGAACAUAUUCUCAACUUCCGAGUUAGUUCCCAGCGUGCAGCAAACUGAUCUUCACUCCCCUGUGCAUGAACGAACCUGCCUCUCUGUGCCAGACAGUGCGCCAGCACAGCUGCCAGAUUGUGUCCCACAGAUAACAAACAGCCCGGAGUUCCUGUACGCAGUGGUCAGCGCCGUGCCUGUGAACCGCUGGAAGGAGUUUGUGCGCAGACUGGGUCUGAGCGACCGGGAGAUGGAGUACGUGGAGCGAGACCAGCGCUGCUUCCAGGAGGCCCAGUACGAGAUGAUGAGGCUGUGGAGGAAUAAGAAAGGGACCCCCCAGCAGGGGGCGAUCACGGGGGUGCUGAGGGGCAUGGGGCUGGAGGGCUGCGCCGAGGAGCUCAGCGCUGAACUCAAGUGGCAGGCCUAAGGCCGGAGUAAUACAGAGCACAUGAACCACAGAGAGACCUCUGCUAGGCUCGCCAGCUUCAACACACUUUACAGGGUUGUAGCUGACCUAUAAUUCCAAACAUUUUUACUUUUUCUUUAAAACCUGCUAGCUGGUACUACACCAGGUUAAAGAAAUGUCUUUUUGCAUCCCAUGCUUCCAGACAGUCACUAAACUAAACUAAACUAACCCAGCAGCUGCUUUCCCAGUUGUUUGACGUGUGUUCCUCCAGUAACCUGCUUUGACCCCGAAGACACUGCUGAGGUGAAAUGACCCAGGAUGCAGCUCUAACAGAUUUCCUGAGAGGAAGGCAUAGAAACUGAGACAUUUCUUUAACCUAAACUAGUAGCAGAUAUCACGGCAUGGGAGAAUGUUGUUGUGUUAUAAAACAAAUACACCCUGAUUCACAGUAGCAGUAAGAAUACCUUUGCUUUGAUCACAUUAUUAUUAUUACUAUUAGUAUUAUCUUUUCUCAUGCAAAAAAAAAACAACCUACAAAUAACAGUUGUUUGAUAAAAGGUGCUUAUUAAUUUCAACUUUAUAAGUCAAGCUUGCUUGAUAUUUUACAGCAUUAAAGCCUAAUGGUUAAGGUGGUGGGACUGGGAGCCAGACAAUCAAAGUGGGAUUUGAGUUCAAACCUGGCUCUUCAACUUGUUUUUCUUUUUUCUAUCCUAUUGUGUUGCGAAUCUGUUUGAUCCAUUAACAUUCCAUCCAGGACUUCACAAUGAUCAUUUUAUUCAUCAGGACAUUUAGAGUGCACCCCCCUCCCUGUGCUGCAGAGAAUGCUCUAAACUCACUGAGAGAGCUGUGCGCCCCCCUCCCUGUGCUGCAGAGAUUGCUCUACACUCACUGAGAGAGAGCUGUGCACCCCCCUCCCUGUGCUGCAGAGAAUGCUCUAAACUCACUGAGAGAGCUGUGCACCCCCCUCCCUGUUCUGCAGAGACUGCUCUAAACUCACUGAGAGAGAGCUGUGCACCCCUCCCUGUGCUGCAGAGACUGCUCUACACUCACUGAGAGAGAGAGAGCUGUGCUUGUGUGUGUGUCUGUCUGUGUGUCUGUGUUUGUGUGUGAGUGUGUACUAUAGGAGGCUGUGUGGUCCAGUGGUUAAAGAAAAGGGCUUGUAACCAGGAGGUCCCCGGUUCAAAUCCCACCUCAGCCACUGACUCAUUGUGUGACCCUGAGCAAGUCACUUAACCUCCUUGUGCUCCGUCUUUUGGGUGAGACGUAAUUAUAAGUGACUCUGCAGCUGAUGCAUACUUCACACACCCUAGACUCUGUAAUUCGCCUCGGAUAAAGACGUCUGCUAAAUAAAUAAACAGGAGGAGACAGACUCACAAACGACCACUUGGCAUUUGAGCACAGGGAACUAGCUUCCUCAAUCCUGAUAACACAAGCAUAUCAUCUUAUUUUACUUUUCAUAAGGUGCUCUUCUUUGUUUUUGAUUUUGUUUUUUAAUCACUACAAUUCUAUCUAUUGCUUUAACACUUAACUUGUGAGGUGAAAAAGAAGUUCAAAUAUCUGUCAAGUUUGUGAUAAAUGCCAGUGUCAGUGUAACGGAUUUAGCAAGAAUCGUACUCAAGUGUUAGUGCCCUCUUAAGUGUGCUUUCUGAAUGUAGAACCCCCAGUAGCUUGCCACACUUGAGUGAGCACUAACACUCAAGUGCUCUUUCUGAAUGUGACAGUAAGCAUUUGUUUCUGCUAGUGUUUGCUAGGCAGAUUUUAUACUGCUGUACAGGGAGUUCAUCCAGAAUGUUAAACACUCAGCAGAACUCAAUACUAAUAGAAGCUUGAUAAACUCAAGUCUUUCUCAGAGUCUUCCAGUUGAAACAUUUCUCAUUGACUUUAUUAUUCAUCCAGUAGCAGAGAAACGUUUCGGCUGAUGCGCUCCUCGCAAGCGUGAAGCUUGGAGGCAUUUGACGCAACCAUGGUCUCGUCUGUUUUGUCCAGUACGCAUUAAUCUUGUGUUUGCAGUGGGGCACAUGUGUUUAAUACUCUCAGCUUCGCUUGAGGAUGAGCGUCAAUACUUUUUUCUUUAAAUUUGUCCUGUUCUAACAAAAUAAUGUAUUUGUAUGAUUCAUAGAGAAGGACAUCUUUAAAUCUCGACUCAAAGCCAGGCUGUUUCCCUCAUAGACCCCAAUGUUAAAGCCAGGCUGUUUCCCUCAUAGACCCCAGUGUUAAAGCCAGGCUGUUUCCCCUCAUAGACCCCAAUGUUAAAGCCAGGCUGUUUCCCCUCAUAGACCCCAAUGUUAAAGCCAGGCUGUUUCCCUCCAUAGAUCCCAAUGUUAAAGCCAGGCUGUUUCCCCUCAUAGACCUCAAUGUUAAAGCUGGGCUGUUUCCCUCCAUAGACCCAAAUGUUUCCCUCCAUAGACCCCAAUGUUAAAGCCAGGCUGUUUCCCCUCAUAGACCUCAAUGUUAAAGCUGGGCUGUUUCCCUCCAUAGACCCAAAUGUUUCCCUCCAUAGACCCCAAUGUUAAAGCCAGGCUGUUUCCCCUCAUAGAUCCCAAUGUUAAAGCCAGGCUGUUUCCCCUCAUAGACCUCAAUGUUAAAGCUGGGCUGUUUCCCCUCAUAGACCCCAAUGUUAAAGCCAGGCUGUUUCCCCUCAUAGACCCCAAUGUUAAAGCCAGGCUGUUUCCCUCCAUAGAUCCCAAUGUUAAAGCCAGGCUGUUUCCCCUCAUAGACCCCAAUGUUGAAGCUGGGCUGUUUCCCUCCAUAGACAGUAUGUUUCCCCUCAUAGACCCCAAUGUUAAAGCCAGGCUGUUUCCCCUCAUAGACCACCAUGUUAAAGCCAGGCUGUUAGUUUAGAUUGAGCAGAACAGAAAAUUCCAGCAUUACAGGGUAAAAAAAUAAAUAAUAUAUAUAUAUAUAUAUAUAUAUAUAUAUAUAUAUAUAUAUAUAUAUAUAUAUAUAUAUAUAUAUAUAUAUAUAUAUAUAUUUAUGGAUGGUAUCUGUAGCUAAUACAUAUAUUUUUAAAUAAAACAAUUGGAUUUACUGAAUUGUAACAGAGACUUUAAAAUAACAGUAUAUUGAUAAAAACAAGAACAGCCUGUUGUGUAAAUAAUAGUUAUUUUUGUAAUACUGUUUAUUUUAGUUUUUAGUUUUCUUUUGAUUUUACAAGUCACUGAACUCAGAAAAGUAAAUAAAGAAGUUGGAAUCAAAAUUAGAUCUUGGUAAAUUCAAACUUUAUUUAAAACCUUCUUUUUUAUAGGAUACUAGGUAGCAUAGAAAGACAGACACAAGACAGGUUAAAUUCACAAGCCUGUCUUUCUGUGAAGGAUUUUUUCACGUAAUUCUAACUUCAUGGUAUUAUCGUAGGCUACUUAUGUUACCCUCACAUUCACUUUUUAAAUAAAAUCAUUUUUUAAAAACA